CCACACAAGAGCUAUGAUGGCUGAAAAGGAGAAGGAAAGGGAGCAGAGAAGGUUUGUUUGUGUGCACAAGACAUAAUUAGCAACUCAUUUAAAUCUACUUUGUGAAUUUUUAGCUGGAGCAGAUUUUUCUACAGCCAGUGGCAAACAUUAAACAACUCAAUUCCAGCACCCUUUUUCAUUCACAGGUGAUGAUGUAAAAUGUUUUUGUUUUUUCAGCAGACACAUGGACAAACAAUUUAAUUUGUAUAUUUGUAUUGUUGGUCACUAUUUUCACACACCAGUACCAUUUUGUCGUCUCAAGGAUUCGAAUGAAGAAAAUGGCAUAGAGGAGAAGAGCUGAAGAAAAGAGGGAGCUCCGCCGUGACUGCAACAGCUCAGUGGAUGAGGACAAGCCUAGCCCAGAGCAAAGAAGAAACCAAAGGACAUGACUGAAGAGGAGAGACGAGCCCAUGUUAAUGAACUCAGGCACCAAUCCAGAGCUCGUCAGAACCCCCAGAAGAAAAGAUGGGCCAGAGUAAAAAAUGCCAAUUAUCAGAAGCAGUACCGAGAAAGGCAAAAGGCUUCGUCACUACCACAGCCUGCUACCACUGCUCCAGUGGCCCAGCCUCAACCAGCCCCAGUGUUUGCCUCGCCCCCACCUUCCACCACAGCCCCAGUGUUUGCCUCGCCCUGCCUCGGUGUUUGCCUCGCCCCAGCUUGGCCCGGCCCGGGUGUUCGCCUCGCCCCAGCCUUUGCCCCCAGCAGUGUGUUCCUCCCCCCAUCUAUCUUUGUCCUGUCACUGCCCCAGUAUUUGCCUCCUCACUCCUCAACGCUCUGAACUUGUGAACACCAGUCCCCAGACAGUCCCCGCUUCUUAUAGAAAGGCCAGUUGCACCGCCCUCAACUGCUACUCCCAUAAGGGCUGGCAAAACAAUGAAAAACAUACCAUCGGGAAUUAAGUCAGACAUCAAGAGGAAAUUAAGAACCUCUGGGGAGUAUGCCGAUGUUGUGCGACACCUGGCGACUCCCUGGACACCGGAAAAAAGGAGGGCCCUACUUGCUGUAGGGGUACAGCAGCACCUCGGUAGGCCCUUACAACCUGUGCCUCAGCAGAAGGUACAGCCCAGUUGAGGGAAGCGUACACCAUCUCUGGUUCAAACUCGAGCUUUCUGUGAUGUGCAGGUAACGACUUUCAGUAUUUCUUUUAACCUUUUCAUUCGUACGUAUUUAUGAAAGUUAUUACUACCAAUCUAAGUGGGGUCCUACUUUUGUGUGUCUAGGUAUUUUUUUUUCUGCCCAUUCAUUGAUGGGGAUCCAGCAACACUUUUGUGAAAUGACCUUUGAUGUUUUGAAAAGCAUUUCAGUAUUUGAAGACAAAACUUGAUUGUCACAUACAAUGCACUUCACUUUGAAUGAAGUUUUCAAAUGGAAUUUUGUCAUCAAUAAUAAUUUCAAUGGAUUGUCCAUUGCUAAAAUAUUCCUUUCAUAAUUUAUCCGCAGGCUUUCUAUCUGCGGCAGGAUGUGGCCAGAGUUUUGCCUCAUAAGAGGUAUGCCAUGAAGGCUGGCCCAGGGCGCAUCAUGCUGAUGACACUAAAAAGAGGCCUUCAUUUUGUUCAAGAAGGAGAAUCCAGAUGCCGCAAUUGGCGUUACCAAGUUUACUACCCUCCGCCCAAAGACAGUCCGACUGAUUGGGCAAGGAACACCGGAGACAUGUGCAUGCAUGUACUGCCUCAAUGUCCGGCUGAAAAUAGAGGUCCUCAAUCGAGUGAUGGCUCGCAAUCUAGAAGAUUUCCGGAUGCCGCCUGAAACUCGAUUGUUGGACCUUCUAUUGUGUGCUAAGGAAGCAGGCAGUGACUGGCACCACCCUGCUUGCCAAGAAGGUAUGUUUUGUUGUGUCAUUCAUUGUUACUCUUAUUCACCUGUUAGACAAGAAUUUUAACAAAGGAUAUUUUUAACUGCCUAUUAAUCUAUUUUACAAUUUUGGUUACAGGUAAAUGCAGUAAGUGCCAGGAUCCCUCAAACUUCCUGCAAGGACAGUUUGGCCGUUAUGGGGCCACCAUCACUCCCUGGCAGCAUUGGGAGUGAAUCUCAAAGGAGGGGAGGAUGAGGCUUGAACUUUUGUCCAAGCAAGGGACUCUUAGAGUAAGUUUCUUAUGAGCUGAAUUAUUUUUUAGCCCAAUUUUCCACGUCCUGUUUUAUUUAUUAAUUGUAGAAAGCACUGAAGUAUUAUGAAAAGUUUUGAUACUUUAAAGAUAUUUGCCGGUAACCAUGGUUAUGUUCAACCUCUAUAAUUUCUUGUUUGGACCUUCAGCUGAGAUGUAAAACCACUUUCUAGGAAGGGUGGAAAAUAAAAUACACACUCCCUUUAAUUUUGAAAAUGACAUGAAAUUGAAAUAGUAUAAUGUUCUCUCCCACAGCACUGAAAGCAGUAUUAACUUAGCUUGAUUGAUGGUUUAUUAUUUCAACCAUAUUCCACUUUCUUUGACAGGGAACUCCUGGAGGAAUUUAUUAGAAAGGACAUCCUCCAGCCAUCCCAGGGAAACACCUUUGUGCGCCACCUCCACACCUUCUUUUGGCAGUACCACCAGUACUGCCAUCUGAAGGACACCCUUCAGGCAGACGAAGCAAUCAGGGUGAUGGACUUAUCCGAAAAUAGGAAAGCCUCAUAUACCGUUGAGGUGAAGAGUGCCCAUUUUGGCAAGUCUCAGAUCACCAUGCAUCCCAUCGUCUGCUUCUACCGAAGUGGUGAAGGACUAGUGAGGCACAGCAUGGUUUUCAUGUCAGACGAUAUAUGUCAUGAUUAUCAUGCUGUGCACCAUUUCACUGUGAUGUCCUUAGAGGCUUUGGCCAAGACAUCACCCACUGUACAAGAAAUGCACAUAUUCAGUGAUGGCUGUGCUGGCCAGUACAAAGGAAAGGGAACCUUUGCUAACCUUAGCCUGUACACUGGCCAAAAGAUACAACAUGUUUUCUUUGGGUCGGAGCAUGGGAAGGGGGAGGCUGACAGUGAGACUGGAGUCAUCAACCAGGCUGUGGACCGGGCGGUAACCUCAGGGAAGCUCACCGUCAAGGAUGCUGGAGACCUCUUUGCCUGGUGUGACAGAGAGCUGGUCAGAUCUCUGGACGGUUUCCGACGGUAAUUCUUCCUGGUUGGAAAAAAUGAAAUCCCAAGGGACCGUCCAGAGACUGAUGUGAUCACCAUCCCUGGGACCCGGAGGAUCCACCAGGCGGAGAGGAUCAUCAAUUAUAAUAUAAGGACCAGG